AUGGGCACCUUGUGCGCCAUUUUCCCCACCAUAACGCGCCACGCGCAUGUUUAUCUCGGACGCUUUCGUGCGCAGGCGGACAAGACGCUGUUCACGGACGACGUCCUGGACGUGCUGGACGUGGCGGAGUUCCUGGACUCGGUGGACUUCCCCUGCCUCGUGGACGACGACACGAUGGAGUUCUUGCGCAGCCACGGUCGCAUCUUGUUUCUGUCCCGCGGACCUCCUGGGUCGGGAAAAGGGACGGUGGCCUCGAAAUUGCUCGAGCUGUACCCGGGCAGCCGCAUCUGCUGGUCCCACAACAUGUUCCUGGACCCCUUGGCGCCACCCAGGACUGAGGAGACUCUGAGGCAGUCGCACGAUCUGUGCAGGCAAAAGAUUACCGAGUAUAUGCAGCAAAAUGUGCCAGUCAUCAUCAACAAGAACACCAACAUGAUGAUGUGGGAGAUGUCCAACUUUCUACGGAUGGCGGCCACGUACGGCUACACGGUGAUCAUCCUCGAUGUCAACAAGAACUUCGUCAUGAAGCCCGAGGCUCUUGCGGUGACCAACAGCGAAAAAAUGGACCAGUAUUACCUGGAGCGUCGACUGAAGCAAUGGGAGGACGCGUAUCCAUACGCAAUGGGAUGGUCGCCUAGGCCUCGGGAUGCCGCUUUCCUUCUGCGCCGUUACAAGGAGCUGCUUGCUGAGCUCGCCAAGUGUGGAAGUGGUAUAGGGCUCAAAGCAGUCCAGCAUGCACAGUUCUUUCCCUUCUGCGUCGCAAGAGUGUGCUGGUUUGGAUGGGAUGAGCGGGACAGGAACUACUGCUGCAGUGAAAUGGUGAAAAAAGCUUACGGUUCAAAAGACACAAUCACCGUCCUCGGCUAUGCUGUAGUUGGCGACCUAGUUAUGGCUGUUGUUGAGCUCUCAGAAGCGCAAGCAUCGCUCAUAGGAGAUAGUGAGCAGCCAGCUAGCUUGGAGACUGCAAUCUCAAGAUAUGCGGAUGGCCGACAGUGUGAUGAAGUGCUGUGCACCGUGGAACUGCACGACAUGUUCGCGCAAAAUGAAUCUGACGAAACAGUGGUCUCGGAAGAAGGAGCCGCGCGCUGCGAGCUUCCACCGUCAUCGCGAGUGAGUUUCAUUGUCUUGGGCUCUGCCACUGCCAAGGCCAUCAAGUACAGCAGUGCUGUGCUGCGUGCCAGUCUUCUGCGCUACAACAUGCGCUCUUGGAGGGACACGGGUGCAGCGCCAUGGACGUGUGUGGAUGUCGACGGCGUGUCUGUUAUGGAACUCCCGAAGACUGUCAGGUUGGAUGCUGUAUUCACAGGCUACUAUCAGGCUCACACUACCAGGGCAAGUGGUCGCGAUCAACUAUGGUCAACUGGCCAAUUCACCGCUACCAUACCUCAUGAGCAGCCAGACAGCUGUCCAACAGAUGCCGUAAAACAACUGCCGGACUUUGUGGAUUCUCCGUGCCUCAAUCACGACGCAACUCGGCGCUUCCUGCGCACCCAUGGUCGCCUCUUCAUACUGGUACGUGGCUCCUUUGGCUCAGGCAGGGACACCGUAAUAGCCCGGCUGAAACAGGUGUAUGCGGGCAGCAGAAGCCCAACUGGCUCGUCACGUGCUUCCAAGUACCAGAUAUCCACAACUGCAUCAACACGAUUUGAUGCUACCCUCAACGAAAUUGAAAGCUUUAUGAAGGAUGACGUGCCCAUGCUGUACAGAUACACAGACAUCAUGGUUUGGCACAUCACGAAGUAUCUAGCAUUGGCAUCAAAGUACGGAUACACUGUCAUUCUCGUUGACAUGCCACAUCAGCCUGCCUCUGACCCCAAGGUUCUGUACAAAGCCAUGGGUGAGUCAAAGCAAGAGAAUCAUUGGGAGGAGGUGUACCCUUUUGCCAUGGGGUGGUCUCCAAGGCCCAAAGAUGCAGCGUGGCUUCUACGGCGUUUCUGGCAGAUAAGAAAUGCACUGCACGACGAAGAUCCUGCACUGACCCCUAGAGACAUAGCCAGCAGCUACGUUUACCCUUUCUGUUUGGCAAGGCUCUGUCUUUUUGGUUGCAACGCGGCAGACAAGGAAUACUGCCAAAGUGAAAAGGUGAAGCAUGCCUACGGGCGAAGCGACACCCUUCGUGUCUUUGGCUACGCCGUCACUCAAGGCUUCGUGUUUGUCAUGGUAGAGCUGACUGAUGAUCAGGCAUCACUCAUUGGGCACAUUCAUGGUGUAUGGGAAGCUGACAGAGACGUGGAUGCAGUGACACGGCAGUUGUCCUUAAGUGCUGGCUUCCAAACGUGGGAAGAAGUCGCCUGCACUGUUGACGUGGCCAAGUUCACACCUACAGAAGGUUGUACUGAUGAGGACUGUUUACACCUUGUUGGAAACAAGAUAAACCUUAAAGAUGUGCAACCGUCAAGGAUCACCUUUAUGCCUCUUGGCUCGGUCGAUGGGACUGACUACAGCUACAGCAAGGCUGUUGGUGCUCCUUGGCUAUUGCUGUGCUCAAAGUUGCGAUCUUGGAGAGCAGCGAAGGUGAAUUGCUCGAGGAGUGUUAAUGACAUUGAAGUUUAUGGAUCAGCGGUGUCAACUGGCGAUGCGUGCCUCCUGGUUAUUGAUCAUGCAACUGUAGAGCUGGACGUCGUCUUCACAGGCUACUACCAGCCCCAUAGAACCUCGCUCAGUGGCCACAGCUGGUCAUCUGCACGAAAUGCUGGCUCCACAGCAGGACGCCCACCGAAUCGCGGUGGUCGUUAAACACCUUUCAGUACAUUUCGCUGAGUGCUACAAUGUGUGGAUGCUAGUGAACAUACAGUAAUCAGACAGUGGAAUGAGGUGGUGGGGAGGUUUUGAUAUGAUGAUUAAAGAUGAUGAUUGUAUGGAUGCUUACAAUCAAGAAUAAAAAUAAUAAUAAAUUUGUAUCAAAGUGAGCGUAUAAAUGAGUAAUUCAGAUGGCAGCAAUGAUGAAAUUAGUUUGUUAAGUUGAGAGGGGUCAGGACAU